AUGAUGAUCACUCAUCAACAACUAGGCCUCCGUCACGUUCUGUUUCUGAAUCAGGGAAAAGAUGCUGAGGCUCCUUAUCCUUUCCUUUCAAGUCGAAUGUCAGAAUCAGGUAAGGUAGCUUAUGUCAUAGGAACAACAGUCGCAAGGUUCAAUGACGCCGACGAAGGGAACCAGCGGAAAGGCUCUCAAAGGCAGGCGCGUAGCAUAGGCAGACUCAUUAAGAGAAGUGCGACCUCAGCACCGCAUCUAUCGACCGGAGGAACCCCCGUUGACUCCCGUUUCCCGAUAUACUUCUUUUACAUUCAGAGAUGCUUCUUCUCCCUUCCUGCGCUUAGGCCCAUUCCUAAUCUUAUUGCUAAGGCUGCACCUAAAGCACCAAGAGCCACUCUAUUCCGUACUGAAGGAAGUCGCUUAUCUCUGCUCUUCAUGCUUCUCAUUCCUAUUAUCUAUUCCAUUUGCAUUUCAUUUAGGAACCGGGCUUGUACCAUGUCUCCCGAACAAUCUCAGUACAUAUGGCGCAAAACGAUUCCACAUAUCGAGGGCGGAAUGGGAUCGGGUGUUCUCACGUCCCACCGUAAACGCCCGCUACGAAGUGGUUGUANAAGCACCUGUCCUACUUGCUUUGCGGGAAUUGAAAGCCUCUUUGCUAUACUAGCCCUUGCCCUAUUGCCCGAGAGGAAGUCUAAGGUUUCAGCUUCAAGUGGACAGCUUUCUUCCUUUUCGAGGUGUAUUCAGCGAGCAUCAUCUUCUGCCCCAUCCGAUGAUGAUCACUCAUCAACAACUAGGCCUCCGUCACGUUCUGUUUCUGAAUCAGUCGCAAGGUUCAAUGACGCCGACGAAGGGAACCAGCGGAAAGGCUCUCAAAGGCAGGCGCGUAGCAUAGGCAGACUCAUUAAGAGAAGUGCGACCUCAGCACCGCAUCUAUCGACCGGAGGAACCCCCGUUGACUCCCGUUUCCCGAUAUACUUCUUUUACAUUCAGAGAUGCUUCUUCUCCCUUCCUGCGCUUAGGCCCAUUCCUAAUCUUAUUGCUAAGGCUGCACCUAAAGCACCAAGAGCCACUCUAUUCCGUACUGAAGGAAGUCGCUUAUCUCUGCUCUUCAUGCUUCUCAUUCCUAUUAUCUCUAAGCAUCAUCGGCUUGGUCAGCCUUUACCUAACCAACUACCUAAUACUACGCAGGCUCAUCAAACAGCGCUUUCUAGCUUUCUUCGGGAUUUAGCCCGAACUGUUCGGCAGAUUCCCACGCCUUACGCACCCGUUCGCCACUUUGUUCUCAACUCUUCCCACCUCCUCGGCGAGACAAGCUACCUUCAGCUAGGAGCCUCUUUUCCUUCUGCCUAG